AUGUCGACUAUCAUCUUCAAGAAUGCAACUCCUGGAACAGAAGAUAAGCUAUCCUGGCUUCCGAUGCGGGUGCUUCAACAAUUUUUCGGAAGCCUCAGCUUUCGUGCUUGUACAGGAAAUGGCAAUAUUUUCGAGGAUGAGAGCAACCAGAGAAUCGACAGGAAAAGGAUCAUCGGCAGAUUGACAGAAGAAAUUGACAGAUUGAGCAUUGAAGAACAAUUGGAUGCAGAAGUUAGACUACCGAUGUUGGGCACUGGGGACGAUCAGAAGCCUAUCGACAUGAUUCUCCGAGCUGAGAAGAUAUAUACAGGAAGGAAACACGGUCUAUCAUGA